AUGCUCUCCCUCUUCUUGGGCUUUGCCCAGAUCCGUGCCGACGCUAUACCAGAGGGUGUUCUGCCCAAGGAUAAGAGACAGGUUGGCACUGGUGUUACGACCUCCUCGACGGCCAUGUCGACUUCGACGCAAGAGACGACUUCACAGGAGACUACUCCGACUUCGACGCAGGAGACUUCGACCCAGCAAACAACUCCCACGUCCACACAGGAGUCGACGAGCACCGAUUCGCCGACAUCCACGCCUUCUGAGACCAGCACCCCGACAUCUGAAAGUGCUUCGAGCACACCCACAUCUGAUGAUACGUCUUCGGCAGCAACAUCAUCAGCGUCGCCCUCAACAUCUACAAUCCCAACCACGAUCGAUGUCACCACCACAAACUCCGACGGCUCGACGGUCACUUCUAGAAUCAGAACCUCAACAGCAGUUGCCCAAACCACAUCCAACAUUGUCAGUUCAGGAACCGGCAGUGCCAGUGAUCAAGUUGUCAUUGGAUCGUCCACCAUUAACCGCUCUACCCUCUCCUCGGCCACGGUCAUCACAUCUGCUCUCCUCGCCUCGGAAACCGUCCCAACCACAUCGACAUCCUUCUGGACCAGCGAUGGCACCGUCUACAGCUCCCUCAUCACUACCGAUCGUGUGGUAGCCAGUACGACCGGCUUUGCAACAGCCACCAUCUCCCCGACCCUGCAGGACGGCAGUGGUGGCGGCUCCUCCCUUUCUGAUAGUAGUAAGAAGAUCAUUGGAGGUGUGGUUGGAGGUGUCGGUGGUGCAAUCCUGAUCGGCGGCCUUGCGAUCGUAGCCUGGAGACUCUGGGGCAAGAAGAAGCGACAGCAGCUCCCGCAGGACGACUACAUCGACUCCGCCAACGACAGCAUCCACAAGGAGCAGCGCACAUCGGCCCCCGGGGCUGCCAUGGGCGCUCUAGGCGACUACCGCAACCCGAACGGAGGCGUCAACACGGCCAGCAACUUUUAA